AGGACAAUAUGGUACUGCUCUCACCUGCCGUUAGUGAUCGCUCAGUGAGUAAGGUCCAAGCUUUUCUAUGGAUUUUACGUUUUGGUGUGCUGGUGCAUGAAGAAUUCCUGUGAGAGCAAUCCGUGUGUUAGUAACUCUACUUGUCAAGCGGGGUUUGGUAGUCAUGGUUACCGCUGUAUUUGUUCUGACGGAUAUGAAGGAGAGCUUUGCCAAAGAGAUACUGAUGAGUGUACAUCAAGCAAACACGAUUGUUCCUCUGACGGCUACUGUGUUAAUGUCGUGGGUUCAUAUCAGUGCUCUUGCAAGCCUGGAUUUACUGGCGAUGGUAAAAUUUGCCAAGAUAUCGAUGAGUGUAACGAUGGAAGCCAUGACUGUCACUUUGCAGCCGAUUGUACAAACACCGCUGGAUCAUUCGACUGCAGCUGUCAGUCUGGACACCUUGGAGAUGGACGGCACUUUUGCUCAGAUAACUGGAAAAAAAUCAACACCGAUCCUGUCUGCUUUGGGACAAAAAAUGACGACUUUGGAUCCUUUGAAAUCCAAGAGGCCGGUAAAAUCUACACAUUCAAACUUGUGCAUACAAGUGGCUCCGUGACAUGUGAUACUAACCUCGAAUCCACAAAGUGGGGAUGUUUACACGUAAGUUUGGGACGUCAUAGACUACUGACGGUGAUAACUUACCGCAACAAGACUGUUCUUCCACUUGCUGAGUUCGCGACAGGCGUUCAUGACUAUAGGUACCAACUUGACCGUGCUCAUGUCAACUCCCUGACGCUUGUGUUUAACCUGCUCCCCACCCCUCUGGUUGUGUCGAUUGGACAGCAGUUCCUAAUAUGGUAUGGGCAAGACUUGGCAGAUUAUUCCGAGCACAAUAAUGCCGGGAAGACAUGCGCAGAUGUUUACGCUUUGUACCCUUAA